ACUUUAAAACGAGUACGAGUACAAGCACAGAAUUUUGUGCAGCGGAGAGCGUUUUGAACGAAUAACGCGAGAAAGCGUGCGAAGGGUUAACGUGUUUUGUUUUUGUUUAGCAAUGUGCGCCUCCAUUGCACGCCCAUCACGCAAGCCAUACUUGGAAACACCAUUCACGCUCUUGACACCAGCUUUGAUGCUGCACAGCUUUGUUCAAAGUCAACUUUUUAGCUUAGAACUCCAAGCGCAGUUGAGCGCUCAGCAUCGUUACCAACAAAUCGGCUAACGCUAACGUCAUCUGUUUGCUCACAAAUAAACUACGGCUUUGUCUUCGUCUUUGAAUUCUAUGUACAUACUUCGUUAGGGCUUUGUGUCUCCAUCGCGUUGGCUUAACUUUAGUAGAUGUUUUGUUCUCACUUUUUGAAAUUUCAUACGGCACUAUGAAGUAUGCGAGUAGAGUUUUUCACUUGCCCAUCCUCCGCGCCGCCAAGCUACCCACAACCGAUGGCCGACACGCGCACUACAUAGCGCGCUCACUGCCAUACAGCAGUACAGCAGUCAAAUCGGGCAGACGCGUCGCUGGCUCUACUUGUAUGUGGCGUACGAAUAGUGUGCAAUGCGCUGCGAAUGGAAUUAGACGUGUCUCGGGUGAGCAUCCAAAGUGUUGUGCUCCGCUAUACUCCGUACAUAUAUGUACAUACACACACAUACGCGCAUACAAGUAUACAGAUGUAUGACUUGACUAAACUUCAUGAAUGUCUUUAUUGAAGUUUCUACUGUCGGCAGUGGAGUGAAUUGAAGUUCGCAAAAAAAAAAAAACAACAAAAAAGUUAAGUAAAGGAAAUAGAACGCGGUCACACGGCGGCGGUCGUGCAAAAAAUCGGCAUUCAAAUUUGUAGCAAAAAAAAAAAAAUUAAAUUAUGAAUCAUUAAAGAAAAAGUUCGUUAAAAAAUAGAAAUUUUGUGAGUUACGAAAAGUUUAAAGUUGCGAAAUUUUGUGCACACCAAAUACUACAACCACUUUUUGGGGCAUGGCAAUGCAGAGUAAAUGAAAAAUUAGCAAAAAAUAGAAAAAUAACCGCUACGUACUGCCGAGCGCCAAGUGAGUUCCGAAGUUGUGUUGUGCAAUAAUCGCGCAUAAAGUUGUAAAUUCGAAGUUCGGCGUGUGCUUAGAAAGUAGGAGUCAUUGGGCAAUCGCACAGAUGACACGUUGAAAGGAUUUUUCGACGCGCAACUCCAGUGAAAUUUAAGCAGUUGGCGGACGACGGUGUAUAUCAAGUCACAUUCGCUACUACAAAGCUAUUAGACACUAGUGGAGCGGGCGUUGCCAGGAGGUAGAGGAGGAGGCGGAGCAAGAAUAUACAAAUUCGCAGGAUAUUUAAAAUAUUCAUCGAGCGACGCGCAACAGUUAGCGGCAAUCCAAGAAAUCCGCAUCAUUUCGCUUUAGCAAGAAAUCACCAAAGAAAAUGGAUCGCUUGCGUCGAUCCUUUCGUGAUUCGUUUCGUCGUCGGAAGGACCGUGUACCCGAAUCAUCGAAGCCGCAUCAAUGGCAGGCAGACGAAGAGGCAGUACGUUCGGCGACCUGCUCAUUUGCGGUGAAAUAUUUGGGUUGCGUUGAGGUAUUCGAGUCGCGCGGUAUGCAAGUUUGCGAGGAGGCCCUAAAAGUAUUGAGGAAUUCGCGCCGCCGACCCAUACGUGGAGUGCUGCACGUUAGCGGUGAUGGACUGCGCGUCGUGGACGAUGAGACGAAGGGCCUCAUUGUCGAUCAGACAAUCGAGAAAGUGAGUUUCUGCGCUCCAGAUCGUAACCACGAACGCGGCUUCAGCUACAUUUGUCGCGAUGGCACUACACGGCGUUGGAUGUGUCACGGGUUUCUUGCGUGCAAAGAACUUGGCGAACGGCUCUCACACGCUGUGGGUUGCGCUUUUGCCGUCUGUUUGGAGCGUAAGCAACGUCGCGAUAAGGAAUGUGGUGUCACAAUGACGUUCGAUGUUAAAAAUUCGACAUUUACGCGUACCGGUUCGUUCCGCCAGCAAACAUUGACCGAACGUUUAGCGCAAGGCGAAACACCAUCGGCUGUUGUGCCACCACAGCCAAAACCUUACAAUCCCUUCGCCAUUGAGCGUCCGCAUGCUACACCUUCAAUGUUGGAACGUCAGGGAUCGUUCCGCGCAUUCAGCACCAUCGGCAGCCAGUCACCGUUUAAGCGACAGAUGUCACUGCGGAUUAACGAUCUUCCGUCCAACACAGAACGACAGAAAGCAUUUUUGGCAGCUGCUAGUGGCGGCUCACUUGCCGCUGCGCUGGCUACACCAAAUCGUAGUGUUUCACCAAUACCAGAGAUCUCACCAGCUAAACUGGGCGUCGCAGAUAUGGAUAAUGGCAUCGAUACGGUUAGCCAGUUGUGUCAGGAGCUCAGUCAGGGUCUAUCGUUGCUCAGCCAAACCGAUGCAAUGAUCGCUGCUGGUGACGACCUGAAUUUCAACAACAACUUGAGCAUUAAUCAGAAUAUUAUUGCGACCGAAAAGACGCAACAACACAAGGGAAUCUCCACACCAACUGCCUUGCCGACCACCAGCAGCAACCAUAGCAUUACCACUGGCAGUAAAGGAUAUGAAUAUGUCGAGGGUGUAGUCAGUAGCAGCAGUUCAAUUGUGGGUGUAGCCAGUACGCCUACGGUGUCAGUGGCGCCACGCAUCUCCUCGGUGUCGCCAGUAUCCACCAAUUCACCAGUGCGUACGCCUACGACACCAACGUUGACAAUGACGCCGCCACCACCACCACCACCAACAGCACGCCCUGUGGAAGUGGUCGCACCACUGCCCAAUGCCGAUCAAUGGCUGGGUGAAGUAGUGAAGAAGACAUCGCCAGCAGCCAUCAAACGCGCGCCACGUAUGCUCAGCUCGACUGGACGUACACAAUCAAUGAGCGCUGCGCCUGCCUUAGGUGUUGAUCCCUUCGACGCCGAGUGGGUGGCCGGCGUGACAAAGCCACUUUCACCCGAUCUGCCUGUGGCGCCCACAAUGCCAGUGGCGACCGCAGUUACGACCCCGGUGAGCAGUACAGCUGCACCAUUACACAGUACCAAUCCAUUCAUUUCACCGCCGAAGGUACCGGCUCAAACAUUCCAGGUGCAGCUGUAGAUGAAAGAGUUGGUAUGAGAAGUACUCGUACUGCUAAGUAGGAGAUAUCAGUGAGGGCGAAUCUGUGGCACGAUUGAUGUGUUCGAGCAAUGGGUGAUGAAGAUUAGCAACUCAAAUAAGACAUGCACAUAUGAAAGGCGAAUGUAGAGCAAAACGAUUGCAGAGACAAUGGGCGACGAAGCAACCAAUCGACUGUCAAAACGCAUUUGCGAAACAUGUAGCAAACGAAUCCUGGGCUACGUAUGAUUACUUCGGUGUUACUUUCAUUUUCUUGUCAAUGCCUAAAUGUAUGCAAUGUUGGACUGUUUUCAAAGCUUUGGCAAUAGUUUCAAUACUUUUGAAUUAGUUCAAACCUGGUGAAAAGGUAACCGAUGCCUUUUGGUAUAGUAUUAACCCUUUAGAAACUGGCUAAAAAUGCAGUUGACUUUAAAAUUGUACAUUUUCAUAAUUUUCUACAUUCCAAAUUAUUUCCACACCAUGUAAAUGGAAACUGGUUGCUUAUGGACUAGUACUGAUCCAGCAAAACCAAUUUGUUUAAACAUUGCAUUUGUAAUAAAUUUGUAUACUUCUAAAAUAUAUCUGACUAGUUAGAAUACAACUAGUUUCUUUCGGACUAGUCCGUGAAAAAUUGAAAAUUUUAAAAGCCUCCGAAAAAAUAUUAAGUUUUUAUACUUCUAAAAUAUUUCUGACUAGUGUAAAUGAAACUAGUUUAUUUCAAACUAGCGCUGAACUUAAAAAAAAACAUUCGCUGAAACAUUGAAAAUUUGAAAAAAAUGAAAAGAACUAUGAAAUUUUUGCGAUAUUACAGAUAUCACAUCUCGUUUAAACAUCAUUUGUUAGGAUACUCCUCAAUUUUUUAGACUAGUGUAAAAGUGAGUGCCUCUUUUUUUAUUCGUAUAUAUUAAUUUGUAUAAAAUUCUAUAAAUUUGUGAAAAUUGCGUUACUCACUUCAUACUAGUACUGAACACGAAAUAAUGGGCAAAGAAUCUUUACAACCUUUUCAAUACUCUUGAAUUAGUUCAAAUCUGCUGAAAAGGAAACCGAUGCCUUUUGGUAUAGUAUUAACCUUUUAUAAACUGGUUAAAAAUGCACUUUCACAAUUUUCUACAUUCCAAAUUAUUUCCACAUUAUUCUAAUGGAAACUGGUUGCUUAUGGACUAGUACUGGUCCAGCAAAAUUAAUUUUUUGAAACAUCGCAUUUUUAAAAAAUUUCUAUACUUCCAAAAUAUUGCUGACUAGUGAAAAAGAAACUAGUUUCUUUCGGACUAGUCCGUGAAAUAUUUAAAAUUUUAAAAGCUUUCGAAAGAAAAGCACACUCCGAUUAAAUGUCAUUUGCUAGUUUCGUUCCAAAUGCUCAAUGCAGCGAUGUUAUAGUUGCUGUGAAUAGUAUUUUAGAGAAAAAUACGGACAGAGAUGGAGAUAGAGUGAUAGAGAGGAACAACGUGUUUGCAUUACACAUAACUAAAUUAUUCAUUUUAAAUGUACUUAAAUAAUUUAUAAAUAAGUUACAGCAGCUGAAGCAGAAUUACUUAAAGUAAUCUGUAAAACAGAGAAUUAACACAGAUUAAAAAUAAUUAAAUAACAAACACCAGCUGGGCAAAACGCCAAGUGAUAAACGAGACAGCCUAGAAUGGAGAAGAGUAUAGUAAAGUAGAAUAGCAAAAAACUAAAAAAGACGUUAGAUUAUGUAUUAAAAAUAUAUAAAUCUAAAAUAUCAACUAAAUAUCAAUUACCCGCUGUAAUUAACUAAAAAAUAACAAAAACAAAAAGAAAUAAAUAAAAAACUUGCACACAUGUAGGCAGAGAAAAUAAACGCAUUGCAACACACUGUUAAUAGAUUAUUAAUGUUAAUUGUACUUAAUGAAUGGCUUAUGGAAUGAAGAAUUAAAAAUACAUAUGAAAAAUGAAGAACAAAAUUUAAAUAAAUAAAUUUAAAAACUAAAAUUAAAAAUAUUAAAAAACAUAACUUAUUUAGAGAAAGUUUGAAAACAGCCAGAAAUGCGCACUUCAUGCAUGCACAGUGGGAUGUCAUUGAAAAUCAUACAAUCAGAGACCUUUUUAAAACUAAAAAAAAAAAAAAACAAUUUAAUUUCUCAAAAAUUUCAAAAAAUAAAUUUGUCAGAUCUUUAUAAGUUUUUCGGUUGUGCACUUUUGUCGUUGAUGCAAUUCUAAUAUAACAAUGCAAGUUUUAAGUAAUGACUUUUGAGCAUUUAGAAGGCAUGAAAAUGAAACCAAUGUUUUUUGGUGUAGUAUUCACCUUUCAGAAACUGAUAAGAAAUAUAAUUAAAAAUUGCACGUUUUCAUAAUUUUCUACGUUCCAAAUUAUCUGUACACUAUUCAAAUGGUAACUAGUUACUUGCGGACUAGUAAUAUCCCACAAACUCAAUUUUUUAAAACAUAGCAUUUUUAACAAAUUUCUGUCGUUCUGAAAUAUUUACAAUUUGUGAAAAUGGAACUAGUUUCUUUCGGGCUAGUUCGUGAACCAUUGAAAAUUUUUGGUCGUAAAAAUCAAAAAUUAAAAUUUCGGUUAGAAAUAUUAUUUAAAAUUGUGAUUUUCAUAAUUUUCUACGUUCCAAAUUAUUUUCACACUAUUCGAAUGGUAACUAGUUACUUGCGGACUAGGACUGCUUCCGCAUAACCAAUUUUUUAAAACAGCGUUUUUCAUAAAUUUCUGUCUUUCGGAAAUAUUUGCAAUUUGUGAAAAUGGAAGUAGGGCUUUUUAUUUAGUACAUUAAAACAUUGAACUUUUUUUUCAUAAAAAUCAAAAUUUCAGAAACUGGUUAGAAAUAUAAUUAAAAAUUGUGCAUUUUCAUAAUUUGCCACAUUCUAAAUUAUUUUCCCAUUAUUCAAAUCGAAACUGGUUACUUGCGGACUAAUACUGCACCCAUAAAACUAAUUUUUUAAAGCAUAGCUUUUUUUUAAUUUCUGUCUUUCGGAAAUAUUUGCAAUUUGUGAAAAUGGAACUAGUUUCUUUCGAACUAGUCUAUGAAGCAUUGAACAAUUUUAUUCGUUAAAAUUAAAAUUUUAAAUUUCAAAAACUGGUGAUAACUGUAAUUUGAAAUGGUACAUUUUCAUACAAUUUAAUUCAAAUGGUAACUGGCUACUUGCGGACUAGUACUGCUCCCACAAAACCAAUUUUUUUAAAUAUAUAAUUUUUAACAAAUUUCUGUUUUUCUGAAAUAUUUCCAAUUGGUGAAAAUGAAACUAGUCUUUUUUGGACUAGUUCAUGAAACAUUCAAAUUUUUUCUUUGUACAAAUCAAAAAUUACGUGAAAAGCCUGAACGGUUAAUAGAAGCUGCUACAAACUUGCACGAAGUUAGACUAAAAUUUGAUGAGCUGCUAAACUGCAUAAUCGGAAAAAUUCUAAAAAAAAUUAAAAAUUAUUAAAAUUGUUCUAAAUUUUUUUGAAUGUUCGUGUUUUUUGUUGUUCUAAAUAAACUCUUAAUUUAUUCGGCUUUCUAUUGGAAUAUGAACUUUAUAUAUUAUUACGUAAUUUAACGAAGAAGAAAGCUUGACAAAUAUUACAAAAAAAAUAGUUGUGCGAUUUUAAGUGACUCUCCCUGUAUAUAGGAGUGCACAUGAGUGUGCGCGCACUUGCGCGGAAAACUGUAGCCCCUAGAAAAUAUAGUAGUAUAUAUUUGAUUUUAAAUUAUCCCCAUUUUUAGUUUACUUUUCUUCCCCUCCCUUAAUAUCCUUGCCUUUGUCUAAUUUCCUUUAUAAAGAAUUAAAAAAAAGUAUCCAUAAUUAAAAAAAAAUUCAUUUGUACAAAUUGUAUUAUACUAUCUUUAAAACAUAAAAAAAACUUUAAUUUUACGCUACUGAAUAUUUUGUUAUGGUAUUAAGUUGUAUGUACGUAUGUAUGUAAAAUCUUAAAAGGUAUAAAAAAAAAUAAUAAAAUAUGUAUGCACGAUCAUAUGAAUUGAGUUGGCGAUUUGUUUAUAUGUACAACUAAACUAUGAAUAAAAAUAAAAAAUAUAUACUUAAAAUUAAUAUUAAAAAAAAAACUAUUUACUUAAAAAUUGUAAUUGAAGAGAGAAACAGAAAAGCAGAGAAUGAAUUCAAUAAAUGUCUUCUAUUCACGAAACAGUAACUAUUGCAGUUAUACAUAGUAAAUAUAUGUGAAAUGCAUUGUUAUAUAUUACAUACAAUAAAUGUCUCCACACCAGCCACACCACCAGCAGACGCAGCAAAUUUUAUCUCAAAAUGCACCGAUUUUUUCGAAACUACUUAAUAUACAACUACAUAUAUUCACACGUAUGUAUGUAUGUAUGUAAAACAAAAGCUGCAAAAAUCAAAGUAACUGCGAAAGUAUUUAUAGUUCAAGCUAGCUAAAAAAUUACAAAAUUAAAAAAUGCAACAAACAAAAAAAAACAAAUAGCGAAAAUCACUUUAUGAGCAAACUUGCGAAAAAAUAGCUUAUACGAGUAAUUUGAUAUGAUGCAGUUUACAUUGAGCGAAGGAAGCGCGCAAAAGCUAAUAGUAGAAAUGAGUGGUCUUACUAAUGAGAUGAAAUAAAAUUUUAAAAUAUCAUAGAAACUUUUUAAUUUUUUAAUUGCAUUUUUUCAUCCAAAACGC